UUUCUGCUACCGCCGUCAAUUAUGUUGCUCAAAUGAAUAUGCUUCCAAUGCUUAAUGGGGCAAAUUUCAAGCUGUGGAAAGAGAAUGUGGAAAUUGUUCUCGGCUGCAUGGAUCUCGACAAUGCGCUAAGGACUGAGAAACUCACUUCCACUCAGGAAAAUCCAAACACGGAUAAAAUUGAGAAGUGGGAACGCUCAAAUCGCAUGUGUCUGAAGAUCAUGAAACGUUGCGUUCCGGAGGCGUUUAGGGGCUCGAUUGUUGAGACUACUGAUGCCAAGUUGUUUCUGAAGGAACUCGAGCAAUACUUUGCUCGAAAUGAAAAGGCUAAAAUUGGUCAAAUCUUGUCCAAACUCAUAAACAUGAGACCGCAUUCUCUUAAGGAUGCUAGGAUCCUUUUCUACAUCAUUAGUAACAUUAUUUUCCCACCAUCUCAUAAUCAAGUAAAGAUAUUUGAGAGUGACUUCAUUGUUAUGUGGGCCAUACAUAGUAAAUUGCAGGGGAUCUUAGAGCACUUCCAGGUACCUAUGGAUGGUGAGACUUUGAAGACUAUGAGAGGCUCGAACUAUAGAUUCGAGAAAUAUCUCUUAGAAUAUUGUGGAAUCACCUAA